CUAUGCGGAUCACUAAUCCGAAAAGGGUAAAAAAGUAAUUUUGAGGAGUAAGCAGGAAGCUAUCUCGAUCGAUCGGUAUAUAAUUGUCUUAUUUCCUUCCGUAUUCGAUAAGAGAAGAAAAAGCGAAACUGAUGAAAGCAGAGAAAGGAAGAAAGGAAGGAGAUGAGGGCAGAGUCGGAGAGAGAGGGAGAAAUGGAGGAUGGAGGUAUCUCGAUAUCACCAAUACAAACAUUCACUAAUAGGUCUUCUCUUAAAUCCCAUUCUCACUUCAACAAUUACCACUUCUGGAAACACAAGCUUCGAGAGAACUGCUACAAGAGGGUCCGAGAGGACAGAACCCGCUUGCUUUGGAAAUCGCGGUUGCCCUCUAGCACUGCCUCACAUUCUCUCAAUCACAAUCAGAACCAAAAGGACUUAAUCAAAUCUAGUCUUCAGGACAUAGUUUCCGAUGAACUCAGAAAGAUAAAGAAUUCAUCAUUGAAUGACUGUUCUGAGUUUCUGACUUCCACUCCUGAGGCCAAUGAUGUGUUAUGGGAAUAUGAUGGUCUUCAUAAUGCUUAUCAGGGUGAAUGUGAAGAGAUAUUGUUGGAAAUGCAAAGGAUCUUUUAUGAUGAUCUUGGGGUGGAACCAACUAGAAAAGAACCUGAUAGCCAUGUUGAAACGUGGGAAGAUGAAGAAGAUGAAUACUUGGCCCAUGCAGUUUAUGAACAUAUGCAGCUGAAUGAUGAGCAGGUGUGCGAGAAGAUUUGGUGCCCCAUUUGUAAGCAAGGAGAGUUAUUGGAGAAUUACCUUCUUAUAUAUUGCAGUCUUUGCGAACUUAAACUCAACAAAGACAAUGAGGUAAGUCUGGAUUUGAUGCGAGUUCGGCUAGCAGAAGCUCAUGCAGAACAUCUUGAUCGGGGUUGUAGAUUGAAACCUAAGUUUUGCAUGGAGACAAGAUUUGAUUUAACUGCACUGUACAUUUGUUGUCCAAGUUGCAAUAUCUUCGAGGUUGUAAUGUAAUAUCUAUCUUCAAACUCGAUAAUUAUAAAAUUGAGUGUAUUCUUGA